CCCCAACAGCAGCACCACCAGCAGGCUAUAGAAGCAACACCGUAUCCCUACUAGAUAACCAGGCAACAACAGAGAGAGCAAGCGCAUCUCCUAUACACGGCAAUGGUCACCUCAAUGCAGUCGCAUUCAAGGGCCGCCCCAACAGACACGCACAACAAUAGCAGCCAUCGGACAGCACCACUCUCCAUUCCCAGACGCGCCAGUCAAAGCGACCGCAUCACUAUGCUCCUCGCAGAGACGGCCAUCAAGCCGCGUCGUCAAUCCUCCAAGCGCAGGUCGUCUAUGCAAUCGGCCCUCUCCUCUUCAUCGAGUACAGCAUCCUUAUGCUCUCUACACUCCAUGCCCGCGACGCCGCCUGCUUCUCAAGCGCGGACGGUUCCUAGGCCGCAUUCGAAACGGCGCUCGAGCUUGUUUGACGAAUGCGACGGCGCGACCAACUUGGAGACGCCCGUUGCUGCUUCAUUCAGUUAUCUGCUGACACCGCCGGACAGUCUGCCAUCUCUUAGCAGAUCAUGCUCUUCCGACUCAAUGGAGUCCAAUGACUCAGUUUCAUCAUCUCCUAGUGUGCGGCGUCGCAGACGACUUUCUGCACUGCCAAGCCAUCCGGUCAAUUUAGACAUGGAAAACCCAUUACUGGUAGACGAGGAAGCGGACUUCUUCUCAUCAUCCAAUGCAUCGGACGCACAAAGCCCGCAACGUGUCUCUGCGCUUUCCGUCCUCUUCAAACCUCUCACAUCCGUUGGCCCAUCCAUUCGGACCUCCUCCUUUGUUUCUUCCUUAUCUGCAAAUCUGAGUGCAUGGGCAACGAGUCUUUCUGCAGCGCAAUUCGAUCAUGCUAAUUUAUUGGUCUCUCGCAGCCGUUCCCAUCACGGUCAGCCAGUCUCAUCGGGGUCAAGGCAAAGCAGACCCUAUACAGCCGCUGGACUGCUUCCGAGAGCCAAGCAGCAGGCCAGUAAUCCGCAAGAUGCCUCCCUCGACAAUGAGCUGAAGAAUGCACCUCUGGCGACAAGUACUGAAGCUCAGAUGGAGAAGGAAGUAGUCGAUGAUGUACUCUGGCUCAUUGAAUUACAGCCCUGGCAGGACAUCUCACGCGAAUCACAAGUAUCGCCACCACAGGCAACAACACGACGCAUGCGACCUCGUGAACCACGCUUGAAUCCAGACUUUCUACGCAUAUUAGUCUUGGAACAAAAUAUGUGUCGUGUUGGGAAGAUGUGUGGAACGAGUGGUUAUACCCGGAUGAUCCUAGCAGCGAGGGAAGAUGAUGCGGAUGUGUUGAGUCGUCGGCGCGGGUCGCUGAGGCAGGCUAUGGUGAUGGAUUCUUGUUGAUGCAUGAUUGCAGGCAGCGUUUGUAGCAACAAUGACAUGUGGUCAACGCGUCGACAUGGGCGAUAUCUCCGGUGGUUACGUCGACAUGAGGGGCGAUUCAACAAGCGCGCAUCAUAUCUUCCUCGUCUACGUAUUACUUAUGAUUGCAUUUGCAAUGUUCAUUUUACGCUAAGCGAAGCGUAUACUAGUUCUGUCAGCUUUUAGCAUUAUUCUUCCCCUCUGGAGGAAGAAGGCUUGCCGUAAGUUGGAGAACAGCUCUCAAGCCCUCGUUUGUACACGAUGUUCAGCCUAUUCUACCAUGAGCUAAGGCAACCUGAUCAG